AUGGUGAAGCUUUGUGCUGGCCAACCUGAGGAGAAGAAGGUUGGUCUCGAAGAUCGUGCUCACAGAGAGAAUGAUGAAGAUCAAGAGGCCUUGGCUGAUUUCCUGACUGAGAUUAAUCAGCCUGACUCAGAGGAGACCUCGAAAGUAUAUGUGGAUGGAUUAGCUACCCGUCAUGGGAGCGGUGUGGGAGUUCUUCUGAUAUCUCCUCAAGAAGAUGUUUUGCAGCUGGCCAUGUGGCUAAACUUCAGAGCCACUAAUAAUGAAGUAGAAUAUGAAGUUUUAUUGGCAGGCCUGCAAGCAGCUCGGCAUGUAGGGGUUGCCCGAGUUAUCAUUUAUUCAGACUUCCAAUUAGUAACUCAACAAGUAACUGGCAACUUUGGGAUCAACAACGACUGGUUACAAAUAUAUCAGGAGGCUUAUGAGAAAAUGAAGUCAGAAUUCAAGGAGGUCGUUAUAAGCAAGAUCCCCAGAUCUGAGAACGGCAAGGCUGAUGAGUUAGCGAAGAUGGCCAGCUCCUUGACCACGUGGGUGCUGGAUAGGUCAAUAGCCCAGACCUUCUUAAUAGCCUAG